UGUCCUUUCUCUGUUCAAUCAUUUCCUUUCUCAGAAGCAAUUCUCCUAUACAACUCUCUUGCUUGUUCAAUUGGCAUUCUCUCUUAUUUUACUUCCCAAAAUGGCUUCUCAACAUGAAACUAACAAUAUGGACAACACUGCCACUGACACCAUCGAUGGAACCGCCACGGAAACCGCCAUGGUCAGUCUAAAAGCAAAGUACUCGAACCGAGUGCUUGUAAAAACCAUUGUUGAACGUGAUGGUGGGGUGGGAUUGAUUGGUGAGAGGUUGGUAAUUGGCGGGUGGGUUAAAUCUUCUAAAGAAGUUAAAAAAGAGCCAGUGACACCAGCACCAACAUCUGAUAAUCACGGUGCCGCAAUGGCUUCGAGUCCUAAACGUAAAGAAAAAAAUGUGAAGUGUCCGGAGAUUCUUCAAUCAAAAAUCCCAUUUUUAAGGACAAUAAUCAGGGUUUUGAGCGGCAGUGCUGGUGGUGGUGCUAGUACCGACACUAUACGUGAGAAGCUGGAAGCUGUGCUUCCUAAGCCACCACCGCCUUCCACUCUCUUCUUGCAAAUCAGUGAUGGUUCUUCUGUAGCUGCUCUACAGAUGGUGGUGGACUCUGGUUUAGGUUCCCCUAGCAGACUUUUGCCAACUGGGACCUGUAUUUUAGCGGAAGGAGUGUUGAAUCAUUCGUCAUUUCAGGGAAAACAUGCUGUUGAACUCACAGUAGAAAAAAUUCUUCAUAUUGGGACGGUUGAUCAGGACAAGUACAUCUUAUCAAGAAAGCGACUACCACUCGACAAGUUAAGGGAUUCUGCCCAUUUUCGGCCUCGUUCAACUACUGUGGCAUCUGUUAUGAGAAUCCGUAGUUCCCUGACUUUUGCAACUCACACAUUCUUCCAAAACAAUGGAUUUUUGUGUGUUCAAGUUCCCAUUAUCACAACCACAGAUGCUGAAGGAUUCAGUGAGAAGUUCCAGGUUACAACUCUUUUAGAAAAAGCAGAUAAAGAGGGGCCAAAUGCUGCUAAGGAAAUUGAAGGCGUUAGCCUUGACAAUAUAAAGACUGCUAUAAAGGAAAAAAGCCAUCAAGUUGAACAACUCAAGAGAAGUGAAAGCAAUAAAGAAGCACUCGUGGCUGCACUUCAGGAUUUAAAGAAGACAAAUGAACUAGCAUCAAAACUAGAGGCAAGAGAAAAAACCAAGCCAGCGCCAUCAAUUAAAACUGGUAAAAUUAACAUUUCUGAAGAUUUCUUCUCUCGCCAGAUUUAUCUCACUGUUUCCGGCCGUCUUCAUCUGGAGAGUUAUGCAUGUGCCCUUGGAAACGUAUACUCAUUUGGGCCCAGAUUUCGAGCAGAGAAGAAAGAAUCAGCAAAACAAGGGGCAGAGAUGUGGAUGGUUGAGGCUGAAAUCGCUUUUUCACUAUUAAAGGACGCCAUGAAUUGUGCGGAUGACUAUUUCAAGUUCCUCUGCACAUGGGUUGUUGAAAAAUGUGAAAGAGAUGCGGAAUUCAUCUCCACUCGAAUUGACAAAACCAUCAUUGAUCGUCUGCAAUCGAUGAAGUCCUGCUUCAUUGAAAAGAUUACCUACACAGAAGCAGUCAAAGCUCUGGAACAGGUUACAGAUAAGAUUUUUGAAGCAAAACUUGAGUGGGGUGUAGCUCUCACAGCAGAGCAUCUAAGUUAUUUGGCUGAUGAGAUCUAUAAGAGUCCUUUAAUCAUAUAUAAUUAUCCAAAAGCGGUUAAACCAUUCUAUGUACGCCUUAAUGCUGAUGGAAACACAGUUGCAGCAUUUGAUAUGGUUGUACCAAAGAUCGGAAAGUUGAUCACCGGCAGCCAAAAUGAGGAACGCAUUAAUAAGCUUAAUAAAAGGAUUGAGGAAUUGGGCUUGCCAAAAGAGCAGUAUGAAUGGUAUUUGGAUCUACGCAGGCAUGGAACAGUAAAGCAUUCUGGAUUUAGUCUUGGGUUUGACCUUAUGGUUCUCUUCAUUACCGGCCUCACUGAUGUCAAAGAUGCAAUCCCUUUUCCAAGGAGUCUUGGCAUUGCCAACAAUUAGUCUGAUUUCCAGCAAUGUAUCCUCCAUAGGAGAAGAUAUCUGAUCUGGGACUGCUUGUGUUUUUGAAAGAAAAAGAAAUUGUUAUGUAAACACACACAUUGAGAUUUCAAACAGGAAAAAGCUUAUUGUAAAUGUUGCAUUUUAUGCUUAGGUGAUCUCAUGUACAUUCUUUAAAUAAACAUACAGAUUGAAAUGA